UCAGUUGCAACUGGUUAUGCCUGAUUAUGCUAAAAAGAGGGGAGUCAUUCCAGGACCUGCUGUACACACGUCUAGGUUAGAGUUUUUAUUAAAUGGCAUCUUCCAUGAAUUCUCUGGAAGCGAUUCAGAAAAAAAUAGAUGAUGUUAAACUCUUCUUCUCUGUUUCGCUGAGCAUUGCCAAUGCCCACACUGUGGAUUUCUACACUUGCGAUGUAUGGGACCAGUUCAUGGCUGUGACACCCGUGGAGGUCUUGACAGAGAUCACUUUGAAUGGCGACCACAAGAGGGCGUCAGAACGUUACUUAAAUCAUGACAAUGAAAAAGCGAAGAAGAUCACCUUCGGUUUCUGUGAUGAUAGUAAGCGCCUGGUGGAUGUGGCUGAGCUCUUGGAGGCUGCCCAUGCCCACUCCCUGCCUGGCCUUGGGGUCUGUGUGGGCCACACAGAGCUACUGCAAUCCCUCAGACACACUGACAACGCCCAACCCCUGGAGGAAGUUCCAGCUGCUGUGGUGGAGACUGAUGAGUUUAUGAACUCCAAGAAGUCCCACGAGGUGCAGGCCAUGUCAGAGGUGGUGGCCAGCCUAGCCCAGCGCUGCCGAGUCAAACAGGUGAUUGACGUGGGCUCGGGGAAAGGUUACCUGUGCUCCUUCCUGUCGCUGCGGUACGGCCUCCAGGUGUACGGCAUCGACUCGUCCAGCGUUAACACGCACGGCGCCCAGGAGAGGAACAGGAAGCUCAAGAAGUACUCCCGGGCCUACCAGAGGCACAGCAAAGCCAAUAGGACUCAGACAGUGGUGCCCCCUUCAGGCCAGGAGUUGGAGGAUAUGGUUAAGAUGAGUGGGGAUGCAGAGAAGGAGGUGGGGAAGGGGAGGAGAGACAGGGGGCCGCAGACCAACACAACAGGGUUAACAGAUGAAAUGACAUCACUUACCUCCGCCAUUUUGUUAGAGGACAAUUCCCUUCCAGAGUUGGACCAAAGUGAUCCAGCCUCAGCUCCAGAGGAUCCCUUCCUCAGUGCCCUGUGUGUGGACAUGGUGGAGCCCACCUCCCACCGGGUUCCCCCCAGUGAGCUGAGCCUAGAGGAGAGGGAGAGGAGGAAGAGGGAGAACCUGGAGAGGAAGGCCAGGAGCUGGGUUAACAGUGGUGGCAUGGGCGGCGGCAUCCUGUACUCACCUCUGACCUCCUACGUUACCGCGGAGACGGAGCUCAAAGAGAUUAUUGGGGAGUUAGAGGAUGCGGUCAUGGUUGGUCUGCACACGUGUGGAGACCUGGCGCCCAGCACCCUGCGCAUGUUUGUGGCCAAACGGGAGCUCCUCUCCGUCUGCAGUGUGGGCUGUUGCUACCACCUUCUCUCUGAGGAGUUUGAUCCCACCAGGCAAGAGUGUCCAAGCAGCAGCGUGUGUGGUUUCCCCCUGAGUGGCUACCUGAGGGAGCAGUCCUGGUUCUGUGGCAGAAAUGCCAGGAUGUCGGCCUGUCUGGCUUUGGAGAGAGUUGCCAAGGGCCAAGGGAUUCAGAUGGAGUCACUUUUCUAUAGGGCCGUGCUCCAUGUGAUUCUAAGGGACCACUACAGCUCCUUUAAAAGCGAGAAGCGUGUGGGGAACGUCUACUCCAAGGCCACCUCGUUCGUGGACUACGUCUGGAAAGCACUCCGGAGGCUGGAGCUGGAUGAGUCAAAGCUCUCUGACGGUGUCAUACAGAGUUACCACGACACAUACCGACCCAGGAUGGUUGAGAUGGAGGCCUUUAACAUGCUGAAGGUGACUUUGGCUCCCUGCAUCGAGGGCCUGAUUCUCCUGGACCGCCUCUGCUACCUGAAAGAACAGGAAGACGUGGCGUUCUCCGCUCUGGUGCAGCUCUUUGAUCCGCUGUUGUCGCCGCGCUGUUACGGAGUUGUCGGAGUGAAGGCACCUGGGACAAAGCUGUCGGAGUGAAGGCACCUGGGACGGAGUUGUUGGAGGGAAGGCACCUGGGACGGAGUUGUUGGAGGAAAGGCACCUGGGACGGCAUCAUAGAGUUCUUUGAGAUGAGACAAACUGCAUUUCCUGCCAUUUCUAUGUUAGUUUAUUCAAUGUUUUGCUGACGCAUGAUUUUAGCAAGGUUUUAAUGUAAUGAUGGACUCCUUACUCAGUCACGUACAGAUGUGGGAAUGGGAUCAUUGUUUAGUGUUUUCUCUACUUUUGCCUUCUCUGGUUUCUGCCAGUCAUACUAUACUUUGGGGUGUACUAUACCAUACUGUAUUAAUCAAUCAAUAAUUAUUAGAAGAUAUAAAGUUCCUAGUGUGUUUCUG